GGCGCAUUUUUAAUUUGCUGUAAUGAGUUCAUGUGCUCGAACAACAAAAUACUUUUUUAUAAGCCUAAAUAGAAAAAAGGUGAUUGGCAAAAGGGAGUCUCCAAAGGUCGAAUUACGAAGAUGCCUAACUAUCUUUGAUCUAACUGCCUUAGGAGUUGGCACAACUUUAGGUGCUGGAGUGUAUAUUCUUGUUGGCGACGUUGCCAAGUUCACAGCUGGUCCUGGUGUUAUGAUAUCUUUUUUGAUCGCAGCGGUGGCUUCUGUUCUAUCAGGAUUAUGUUAUGCCGAGUUUGGAGCCCGUGUGCCACAAAGUGGAUCAGCUUAUGUAUAUAGCUACAUUACUGUUGGAGAAAUAAUGGCGUUUACAAUUGGUUGGAAUCUGAUACUAGAAUAUGUAAUCGGUAUCGCAAGUGUUGCACGAGCUUGGAGCUCUAAUUUCGAUGGUAUACUCAACGGCCAAAUAGAAGAAUUUUUUAAAAAGCAUUUGGCACUAAAUCUUCCUGGUUUAGCUGAAUAUGUAGAUCCACUUGCUGUUGGCUUAAUUAUUUUAAUGACAAUUCUUUUAAGCAUCGGUGUACGAGAAUCCGCAAUGAUUAACAAUGUGUUCACAAUAGUCAACUUGUGUGUCAUCAUAUUUGUAGUUGUAACUGGGUUGAUUUAUGCAAAUAUUGAUAACUGGAAAGUUAUUCCAGGAAAUGUUCUUAUCAAUAAUACUGUAAAACAUACGGAUUUAGGAAAUGGCGGGUUUUUUCCUUUUGGUUUGAAUGGCGUACUUUCCGGAGCUGGAACAUGUUUUUUUGCAUUUGUCGGAUUCGAUAUUAUUGCUACAACAGGUGAGGAAGUGCGUAAUCCACAAACAGCGAUUCCUAUAAGUAUUAUCGGAUGCCUGCUAAUAUGUUUCUUGGCAUAUGGUCUUAUAUCUGCUACACUUACGUUAAUGGUACCAUAUUAUUCUAUCUCUUCUGUUGCUGCUCUACCACUUGCAUUUAGUCGCCAUGGCUUACAAUGGGCAAAAUACAUUAUUUCCACUGGGGCUUUGUGUGCUCUAACUACUAGCCUUUUAGGUUCAAUGUUCCCAUUGCCACGCAUUUUGUAUGCUAUGGCAACUGAUGGGCUGUUAUUUGGUUUUUUAAAUCGAAUAAAUUCAAAAGUUAAAACUCCACUUUUAGGUACUAUCGUAUCAGGUGUUAUUGGAUGCAUAAUGACGGCAGUAUUCAGUUUACAAGAUCUAGUCGAUAUGAUGUCGAUCGGAACACUUCUUGCUUAUACUCUAGUAUCUGUUUCUGUGCUUCUUUUGAGAGGACAACAAAUGUCCAUUGAAUAUUGCAUCGGGGACACGAAAGAUUAUACAGAAAUAUUGAUGGACGAUGAAAGUUGGCCAGCUGAUAAAUUACCCUUAUCCGAUGAAAAAUCAUAUCCACUCAAGUUUUUGAAUGAAGUAGCAGACAAUACACUUAGUAAUGAUAAAGAACCAUCGAAUGGUCCUGAUGAAUAUUCCGAUCAUAAUAAACCCUCUAUUUCCUCAAAUAACGUUGAUAGUUCAAGUUUAUCAACGGCUUUGAAACAAACAAACAAUUCACCACUUCCUGAUAAUAUUCAUCUCGACAUUUCAACUUAUUUUCGAAGAUGUUUCAAGCGUGAACUUGGUCAGGAUAAACCGUCUCAAACUACUGAAUUAAUUUAUAAAAUAAAUAGUUACUUACUACUUUGCUUCAUUUUUCUCGGCAAUCUGGGUAUAUUACUGUUAGAUAAACUACCUGAAGAAGUGACAAAAAAUAUGAUAGUCACAAUCCCAAUAUGGACGUUUGUUGGAUUAAUGAUCCUGAUCAGUAUUAUCAUUUGUUCAGCAUUAGCCAGACAACCAGAAAAUAAAACACCUGUGUCAUUCAAAGUCCCUGGAGUUCCAUGGAUUCCAGCUAUUAGUAUAUUUAUCAAUGUAUAUUUAAUGGUUAAAUUGUCAGGGGCUACAUGGAUUAGAUUCUUAGUCUGGAUGAUUAUUGGUAAGAAUAUUUGUCGAUUUGUUUAAAUAAGGAAAUUAUUUGAUCUAAUAGCUUACGAUCAUGUCCAUAUGAAAAAGUUCAUGAUAUAUCACAAUAUUUAACCCUUUUAUUCAAGUGAUAAGAUGUUUAUUUUCACCGACGAACCAAAAACAAAUAAAUAACAAAUAAAUGUUUCCUUUUAAUAUAGUUAAAAACUUAAAAAAUAUCAGAAUUCUUAUUUUACCACAUUUAUGUCUAUAUUUGUCAUUGGGAAUCAUGCUUAUUUUUCUUUGCAUACUGUAAGCCACAAAUAACUUUCACAAAACCUUAAAUAGCAAAUAUAUGUGACCAAACAUCUCAAAAUACAGAUAGACUUGACAGUAAUACGUGAUGAGACAUGUAAGUACUAUUUUUCAGGACUACAUUUCAACUAAUUUUCUUUCUAAUGUAAAUAUCUCCUUAAAUAAUUCAUAAGAGUAAUGACAAUAGAUGUGUUUAUUCAGAUUUUACUAACUAAAGAACACUUCUUCAUAGGAGACGAAUAUGUAAUAUUUGAAAGACUGAUUGGUUAUACAUCUCAUUGAUGACUGGACUUUUUCAUUAAAUUAUUCAGAAUCUAUCAAAGAUCUGGUUAAUUUUUUGGUAAUCCUACCUAAAGCAAAUACUUCAGUAAAAAGUGAGAUAACCAUCAGUUGGUGUAACAUCAAGAACUGUUACAUGUACGUUGUUCAGAAAAUAAGAAACUGAUUUACGCAUUUUUAUAUAGAAAAUGUGGUUAUAAUCAAAUCCCUAAUUAAUGAAUUUCUGCCUUUAAUUACUACUUGUGUUGACUUAACUUCCAACUACCAAAUUAUUCGAAGAUUCCUAUGUUUCGAGUUGUUGCUAAACCAGUUUCUUGCUUUCCUUGCCACUUUAGUUGGCCUGAUAAACCAAUCUUUAUAGAUUUGGUUAGUUUUUAGUUAAAAUCUAGAAAAAUGGAAUAGGAAAUUAAUUGAUAACAACUAUGCACCAAUAUCAGUAGCUAUUUGAGCGCAAAAUCAACCAAAUAAUACAUUCGGACGAGGUAGCUCAUUUGUCGUUAUUAUUAUUCCAUUUGUUGCAUAAUAUGGAAAUGUUUCAUUAGAAAUGAGUGUAAACGAAGUAUGUUUACUAAAGAAAACCUUUAAGCUGAGGCAAAAAUGUCGACUACUUAUAGCUACCUUGUUUUUCACUGUUCUCUGAAGAAUGCUUGUUUUGGCUAAACAAAGUGUAUUCACAAACGAAAUGGAUAUAAUGGUAUAUACAUCUCAUAUCAUUUGAUAAAUGAUUAAUAAAUCUACCUGUCUUUGAGCACUUGAACCUACUAAUAAAUUGUAAAGUUAUAUAUUUAUAAUGUUUUUCUAUUAUCAUAUACUUAAGAUAGCAAACAUCUGGUUACUAACUUAUUGAUAUUUUCAUUCACACGAGUAUGAAGAGAUUACUGAGGGAGGGAAAAAUCUUUAGACUUGAGAGGAGUAAGCAUACUUUAUUUACUUCAUUGUUUACAUACAUUAUGCUUAUAGAUUCAGUGAAUACACAUGAUUUUGAGAUAAACUUUUAUUUUGAAUAUCAGAAUACGUUCCCUUCGUACAAACAAAAUUAUGACUUUUAAUCGUUGAGUUCAUGAGUCGAUCUAAGCAAAACCACUGUUGAAAACCUCGAAGCAUUGAAUGGCCGUCUCGUUCUAGAACGGGACCCUUCUGCAGUGCACAUCCACGAUCUCGUAUGCGGGACUUGAACCCAAGACCUUCAGUCUAGCGAACGAACGCUUAACCUCUGGAACACUGAGCCGAAAUUCAACGGUGUUAAUGUCUAGCUUCAAUUGAUAAUUGUCUUGGUAAACUUUGAGAAACUAUCGAUUCUUAUAAGAACAUUCACACAAAUAAUCUUUUUUGUAUGAAACAACUCAAUAUUUUAAAUAAGUUCUGGAAAGUGUGAAAUCAGUCAAUUUGGCAGUAAGAAUUAACAUUUGGCCAUUGAAAUAAGUGGGAAUCAUGUCAUUUAUUGCUUCUAGUAGAAAUUAGUAACCACUAGUCUUAUAUUCAGUUAGUCGGAAGUAAUCAGUAUAUUAUUUUUGUUUAAGCGUUUUGAAAAUCUUGACGUAAAGUGAGUCGGGUUCAAAUCCCACAAUAAGUAUCAGUUUCUUCAAGAUUGUAGAUACGAAUGAAAGAUUGGUAUCCCGUUUCCAACUCUUAGUCGAUUUAAAAGGGAAGAUGCUAACUAAUUACAUAAUUAACAGACCCAGAGAUCUAUAAUAAUUAUAGUUCAGCACUAAGAUAUCAACCUAAGUUCAGGAGCUGGCUGUAGGAUUGUUUGCAAUAAGUGAUUAUUGUAGUUUAUAGGAAAGGACCAAAAUCAUUUCACGAUAACCACGAUAGGAUCAGAUUGGUCAAAAUAUAUUUUAUUAUGUCUGUUCUUAUAAUGGUCUAAUGAUUAUCUGGAACUAAUUUAAACCAAGGAGGUUUUACACUUGAUUAUUACUGUACAAAUCAAAUAGUUAACUUGAUCUGUGUUUGAGAGAUGCUAAUUUUCUCUCAUACCAUAUCAUCGUAAUUCAUGAUGGUUGAUUUAAAUUCAUUUUCAGUGCCACAGAUACAUUCACUGCUUAUCGUCUAAAUUUUGUUUUUACCAUCAUUCCUUACUUUGCGUUUAAUAUAAUUUACUUACCUUUGCAUUAUCUUUCUUGUAUUUAGUCUUCCACUACGGUUAAUAAUGUUAUUUAUCUUUCUUUGCUUUCUAUCUUGUCAAUUCUCUGCAUCUGUUUAUAUCGAUAUAAAAUGAAAUUACAUACCUCCUACCAGGUUUCACAUUUUCUAGUACUGAAAUACAGCUAAUUGUUAUCAAACCUAAAUGAAUGUUUCAUCGAAAUCAAAUUUUAGCGUUAGUGACACACAUGAGUUUACGGAUGCAAUAUAAUAAUGUUUUUUUAUAUUUGAGAUGUCUUAUCAAAUUUUUUGCAGAAAACUAUUUAGAUCACAUAACCCCUUUGAUCAUAAUGUUAACUACUGAAUGCAUAAUGUCCUACAGAACCGAAAACUGAAUAAAUCAGGUGUAUUAGAAAUACAGGAUUACAAAAAUUUAAAAAAGGGCACUUUUCGUGAUUUCAUAGCACAUUCUGCAGAUGAUUCAUCCAUAUUUUUUACCAUGACGUUUUACUGUUAAAACGCUUAAAUCAUCAAAUAACAUAAACUCACUAAUUUAAGCUAUCAAAUUAUACAAAACGUUUUCGAAAUAAAAAGAUUUAUCACAAAAAUAUAACAUAUGACGUACAUUCACAUCUUUUAGCACAAAUAUUUCACCAUUUUUCUAGAGUUAAUUACAGACGUAUAUUCUUCUUUACUUUCACAACUAGGUUUCACAAUCUACUUCGGUUAUGGAUACUGGCACAGUAAGGAGAGAAAAAGAAAAAAAUAACAUCUAAAAAAGAAAACCAUAAUAUAGAAGCAUCUUAUUAGUUCAUAGAAAGAAUCGAGUUUAUUUUACAUAUUGUUUGAUUAUUUUAAUUACUAUUUAUUAAUUUUCUUAUACAUUUCUAUGAAAUUUUUCUAUUCAUUAUUUGAUUUGCUCAUAUAUAAAAGAAAAUACCCUAUGAACAAUUUGUUUUUUUAUAUUGAAUGUCCAAACAACAAAUGAUUACUACCCUGUAUCAAUUAUAGGUAAAUCUAUAAAAUACUGAUGAAAACAAAUGAUUCUCUUUCUUUUUUUUUCAAAAUAUACUUUCUCGUUACAU